AUGAAGGGUGGCAGUGCAGAUCGUGAUACCUUCACUCAGCCUACGUCUGGUCCAAGUGGGGACUCAAUCAAGUGGUCUCAUCCGAACUUAUCUGAAAAUUCCGAUGAAUACAAUCCAGAAAGACUGGAUUGCUAUGACCAUCACAGACGAUCAAAAGGUUUGAAAAAGCUUGUUGACACCUUCACCUUCACCAGACGGAAUACUCCUGAACAGAGAACUCAUACUGUGUGGUCAUUACUUCCAGGCGCUGUCAACUUAACUUACAACACCCUUCUUGGUGCUUUAUACGAUAAUGGGUCAUUCGAUGCUAUGGCGUCUGGAGGGUUGAAUCGCCAGUUCAAUGUAGCUCCCUCAAAAGAAGAAAGGAUGUAUGGUAGAUCCAUCAAUGUCAAUCCUGUUAAAUCCCGUUGGAGAUUAGAUGAUUUACAGAAAUCACAUAUCCUACAGAAUAUCAAGACUAUUGCCAACUGUCCUGCUAAUAAUGAUAGAUGGGAUCAACUCAGAUUGAAAAGAAGUGAGAUCAGAAGAGAGUUUGAUAGAUCACAUAUCACCGGAGAAUUGCAAUGUACAUUCGAUGAGAGGUCGAUCACACUUAGGUUGAUAUCUUACGAUAUGGAAGAUGAAAGUAAGAUUAGGAAUAGAAGAGAGACGAGAAUUACAUUCUUAGAUGAUAUGAGUGCAGCAAUCUAUUUCAAGAAUGAGAAUGAGAAUGAUGAAGUUCAGGUAAUUGCUCCUGGUGGGCUGGAUCCUGGUAUGCCAAUACCUCUCCCGGAAGGGAUAACUUGGUAG